GCAGCAGCCAGUCUGCUCACAGAGAAACAUGGACGAAACUACGUUACGAGUGAAAUGCUGUCCCAGUGACCCCCUCCACAUGGGCCCAUAAACAUGUCCACAGAUGACAGUGUUUCCGAGGACGCGUCCAGCUCGGCAGCUUUGAGCCACUGCCAUGUCGGUGCUGAUGGGGAGAAGGAGAGCGAAACUUCCUUGGUGUCUUCUGAGGGGACAUCAGCCUCAGGCCUGGCCAUCUCAGAAGAGAGACGCACCAGCUCCCAAACAGCAGGGGACGCUGUGGAGAGCAGGCCCGUGGACAUCGCACCAGCAUGCAACAAGAUCAGGAGCUUGCGUCUGAGCACAGACGAAACAUUUGGACAAGAGAAGAACCUUCCAUUCAUCAACCCGAGCUCCCUUGAGACCCUGAGGGCCUUGGUGCAGGAGAUCCAGAACAGCGGUGAGACAGACCCCGAGAUUUGGAAAGACUGUGAGGAUCGAUGGUUGCAUCUGUUUCAGCUGGUUGAAAAGCAAUAUCAAGAGCAGAUAGUGGCUCAGCAAGAACAAUAUCAGUGCCAAAUCCAGUUGAUUCAGGAUGAAAUUAAGGCUCUUGUUCAGCUCCAGAACCGUCAGACUAAUGUCCCCCCACAGCCGGAUUUCGCUCCAACUUCAGUGACCGAAACCACAAACACACGGGACAAAGUUUUCCCCAUCAUUCCCAGCAACGGUACCGUUCUCAAAAAUGUACCUUGUGACAACGACAGCCUGGCGGCCCCCGUCUGUGCUCCUGUUGGCUCCCCUUCACCUCCACCUGCCAGGUCAGGGAGCGUCAACCAGGGGGGUGAGAGGGCCACCACGGUGCUCAGCAGUGGAUAUGGAACCCUGUCUGCCUGGGAAACUGGUCUGGACCCUGCUGGUCUGGAUCCUGCUGGGUCUCCAAGGGGAGACUGGGAGGACGAUCAAGGAAAGGAGAAGCAUCAGUGGGCCAAUAAAUCCGCUGUGGUUGGGUACCAGCAGAACCUUUUCAGUCGAGUGGAUGAACCAGAACCGUCAGUGAACCAGCAGGAAGCCUCAGGCUCCAUCCAGCAGCUCACCUCCUGGGCCCAGAGGCAGAAACUCAGACCCAAGAAGAACCAGACCGGACCAUCUUUAGCACAAAUCCUGGUCCAGGAUCAGUCUCACAGCCCCAGAGACCCCCACCAACCAGCCCUGCCGGACACCACUGACUCUCAUGACCAGAGCGCAGCAGGGCCGACGUCCAGCUCGUUUCCCCUGAGGAGAAGUGACAGUCUGAUGUCGGAGGCAUCGGGUCUCACAUAUUGGCGUUUAAAUGAGUGUGAACUGUAUCGGCCUCUGCCAGACAGCUUCGACAGUGGAGCCUUUCUCCUCCUGCAGGAGGCGUCAGUGAGUCUCAGUUCAUCUCAGGAGCCCAGGUUGUGUCUCAGAGAGAUCUAUCAAAACAAGCAAAAAGAAGAUAAACGAACCGACUGGGAUAAAUCUGUUGCUUCCAGUCCUUCAUCUCCACAGGUGAUCACGUUGGACCCGGCAGCUAAGUUGCAGCAGUCAGAUCGAACAUCUGGCUUCACCUCACCCUCUCACUUCAGCAGCCCCUCGUUCCCUGCCCAGGCUCACCUGUACCUGAGAGCCGGGGCCUCGCUAACCCCUGACAGCAUGGUGGGGGGCAGCCCCGUCACCGGAGACUUGGACUGCAUCUCUGACACUUCCAGUGUUUCUUCUGCCGGACCUUUGCCCACUAAGAUGCAAACCUCGUGGGCUGCACAGACUGUGCUGCCUGCUUCCAGGGACCAAACCCAGCCGCCCCCCUUGAUCAGCCAUCAGCGCAAAACCAGCAGAAAAGAAUUGGGAAGCCACGCCCCCACCGGCACCCUGAAACCUUGUUCACCUCCGGCUGCUCCUCCGCUGCCUGCAGUCAGACCUUCAUCAGUAGAAGAUCCUGUUAUUCUUUCUCUGUUGAGGCAGAACCUCAGAGAGAAGCACGCUCGACACGUUGCUGAUCUGAAAGCUUAUUACGAGUCGGAGAUCCAAAUCCUGGGAGACAAACUCAAACUCAAAGAUUUGCCCCAAGAUGUAGAAGAGCGCAAUCGAGCGCUAACAGAAAGGUGCCAAAAUCUAGAGAACGCUCUGGCUGACGCCACAAACUGCAUUCAAGAACUGGAGGCAACAAACAACUUGCUGGAGAAAAAACUGGCAGAAUGGCCAGAGCGCUAUGCUGUAGCAGCUGCUACUGUGAAGACGGUGCAGCAGCGGCUGGACGAGAGCGCACGUUCGGGCAAAGAGAAAGAUGCUCUGAGCGCUCGCCUGAAGACCCGCAUUCGGCAGCUGGAGGAGGUGGCUCAGAAAGCGUGCAGGGAGGCAGACGAGAAGGAGGCGAGGAUGGAGCGAGAGUACGAGAUGACGCAAUGCCUGCUCAGAGAACACAACGCUUUGAUGACGGAGCACGAGGCGGUGAAGAGCAGCCUGAUGUCCGCAGAGAGCAAGCUCGUUGAUGCAAACAAUCACAUAUCUGAUUUAAAGAGAGCCAUCUCCAAGCUGGAGUCUCAGGUGAAGCAGCUGGAGCACGAGAACCAGGCGAGGAUUCGUUACACUUUCCACAACACACAACCCUCUGGAGCUGGACUUUUCCACCACCAGGACUUGAUGUUGUCAGCCAGUAAAAACAAAAGGAAGCCAGAUGCCACCAGAAGGAGGUCUCCUUGUUCUCUGUCUGACCAGAUGAAUGGAUGCAGGAAAUUACCUUGUCAUCAAACCAACCAAUCAAGUGUCCACAAGAGAUCAUCGUAUUCAUUAAGCGAUCACUCGUCAGGAACAGGAAGCUCUGUGGAUGCUUCUUCUGCUGGAGGGAGCUGGAGGUGUGCAUCUCCUCCAGAGUGUGAGCAGACUCUGCCUCAGGUCAGACUCCAGGAGCAAGGUGCUGCCCUGAAGGAAGCCAGUCAACGAGAGGGAUCCAGCCCCCUGACGCCAAUGAUGAAGGCCCUGAUAGAACUGGAGGAGACCAAAGCCACAGAAAGCCGGGCCCCUUGGGUCAGCCAGCAGAGGACUACCGUUGGGUUUGUGGAGCGAAAACACAAAGAGCUCCUUCACCAGCGAGCUCAACAUUUUCAGGCAAAGAAGGAUGCGGUCAAAUCUGGAGGGGACAUGGCCGCAGCCGAGCAAGGAGGUCCGAAAGGUCACAGUGGAGAAGAGAAAGCAGCAUCUCUACUGAGAGCUCAGAGGAGCCUGUCUCCAGAGGGCCACAGAUCUUCUUCACUUCCUCCUUCAUCGCAUCGAAACAUUCCUACAACUCCGCCCACAAAAAGAGAAAUAUUACUCAAGCCUCUGUCCGCCAAGUCCAGCCCUAAACGCUGCCCUACUGAGAAUUACUCCACUGCGUUUGGUCACCUGAUGCCACGAGAACAAUACCUGCUCCACAGGGUUGAAGCUGAUCGGAGACCUCACUCGUUUCACAGCAGCAGUCCCAGGAGGAGACUCCCGUUCACUUCAACACACAGAGAUGGCCUUCAGGAACCAGAGUCCUCGGGCUGUGUUGAGUCCCCGGACGGUACCCCCCAGCUGGGCUGGGCGGAGCAGAGAGACUGUGGUGUACCAGACCUGCAGGACUCCUCAGAGGGCCCGGUUCUGCUGAGCUUGGACAGACCUCAGUCCCUGUCUGAGGCAGAAAGGCUGUUUGAUGAGCUGACACAGGAAAAACUGCAGAUUGAGGCAGCUUUGAGCCGAAUGCCCGGAGCAGGUGGCAGAGUGAGUCUACAGACCCGUUUAGAUGAGGUGGCCUUAGAGGAACGUCUGGAGAGACUGAACCGUGAGCUGGGAUCACUCCGCAUGACCCUCAAGAGAUUUCACGUGCUCCGUUCUUCUGCCAACACAUAACUCUGUCUGUCUGCCUGUCUGUCUGCCUGUCUGUCUGCCUGUCUGUCCACCCGUCUGAUUGAUUGUUGGAUCAAUCAGGGGAUGUUCUUAUUUGUUUUGUUGAAAAUCUUCUGAAACUGUGAUUUGACUGCACGUCACCCAGACGGCCGCCGGCGAGCAACAAACCGGACGUCUGCAGGUGUUUUUGUUCUGAUGACCUCACCGAUCACCUGAACGUCCUCGUUAACCUCACAUGAGCACGCAGCAUUUAUGUAGAUGUUGAGGAGCUGAAAUAAGAGACGCACGUUCAGAGAAGUGAACGUUUAACGGAUACUUCGUAGAUUUGCCCCAUCAGCUCAGGUGACUCUUAACGAGGCAGAACUGUGACGACGUUAGAGCGGAGACGUUGCCUCAGGUGGAGGAGUUCAAUGUCUGGGCUUCUUGUUCCUGAGUGACGGAGCGGGAGAUGGAUCGGCAGAUCGGGGCCUUUCCGUCAGUAAUGAGGGCGUUGCUUCGGUCGGUCGUGGUGAAGAGAGACUUGAGUU